UAACCCAAUAUCCCAGUUAAAUUUCGAAUCAAAAGCCGUAAAAGUCGGGGCGGGGGAAUUUGAAUGCGCGCCGAAAGAGAGAGCCAAUAAGUCCGUUAAGUUAUGCAUAAAUCCGAAAUCCAGCGGCGUGGGCGUCCGUCAUUCAGUCGCCCAGUCAGUCACUCAGUACUCACUCGUACUUUCAAUUGAAAUUGCCGUUGCUGUUGCCGUUGCCCCGCCCCAUUAACGCAGGGCCAUAUAAAAGCGUCGACGCCACAUGGCCGGCGUUUCUUUUACCCCAACAAUGCCGAGAAGUGCGCUCAUCGUUCCCGGUCUGAUUUGUUUUGGGUCUGCCCUGGCCUUGGCCCUGGGCGCCACCUCCCUGGGCACAGAUCGAAAGGCGCUUCCUCGCGCACGACCCGCGGUGCCACCCAAUCCCAGGUGGGGCGCCAAUAUGCAGAUGCUGCGCCGGCACAACAGUCCCGCCUUCAACUUCUGGACGGAGGAUAGCGAUACGAACAUUUGGGAGCACUGCGGCCUCUUCGAGGGCGACAUCAUGCUGCACCGCGAGCUGCUGAGGAACGGGCUGCUGAACGAGCGGCUCACCUGGCCAGAGGCCGCCGUGCCCUUCUACAUAGACCCCCAAGACUUCACCGCCAACCAGACCAUGGUCAUACUGAAGGCCUUCAAGGAGUACCACGACCGCACCUGCAUACGCUUCCGGCCGUACGAGCAGGGCGACAAGCACUGGCUGCUCAUCAAGGGCAACUACUCCGGCUGCUGGUCGAGUGUCGGUAGGCGCUCUGGUGGCCAGGUGCUCAAUCUGAACACGCCCAAGUGCGUCACCCACGGCGUGGUGGUGCACGAGCUGCUGCACGCCCUCGGCUUCUACCACCAACAGAGCGCCACGGAGCGGGAUGAGUACGUCAAGAUCAACUGGGAGAACAUCCUCGACGGGCACGCGCACAACUUCAACAAGUACGCCCGCACCCACAUCACCAACUUCGGCGUGGAGUACGACUACCAGAGCGUCAUGCACUACAGUUCGCGGGCGUUCAGCAAGAACGGGAAGGCCACCAUUGAGCCACUGGAUCCGUACGCCUCGCUGGGUCAGAGACGCGGCCUCUCCGACAAGGAUGUGUCCAAGCUAAACGAGAUGUACGAGCAGGACUGCAGCGAGGACUACCUACUUAACUUCGGGAACUAUAUCGACGAGCUGCUCGACUACUUCCAGGGCAACAUUCAGGAUCUGCUCGGAUAGAGGCGCCUGACGCCAAU